AUGCUUCAGCGACACAAUGCCAUCGUUCAGGCUUUCUCAAAGGGACUGAAGGCAAUCAAAUCUACUGGGAAGACCGAGGAUACGAUCAACCUGCACUCGUUGCCCUAUACUCUAGUGACUAGCGACACCUAUGGCGGUCUGGGAAUCCUGAUAUAUGCCCGGAGUGAUACCGUUUACCUCUCGAUCAAGAGUGUCGAGGUUGCUAAAGCUAGUUGUGGAUUUCUGAAUUUAAUGAACAACAAGGGCGCAAUUGGGAUUAGAUUGUUGAUCGAACAGCCUGAAGACUCUCGUGACUUUAAAGACCCCGAAAUGAGAGGAGCAGAACUUAUUACCUUUGUCACAGCUCACUUGGCGGCGCACGACUCUGGGCUACUCGCUCGGAAUGAAAACUAUCAAACGCUUUUAAACAGACUUUCAUUUCCGUCUAAUACUGGAUCCGGAGACCCAUCAACAAUUUAUGACUGUAAUCAUUUGUUCUUCAUGGGUGACCUCAACUAUCGCAUUUCUUUGUCUGCCCUGGAUGAGGUCGGUAAAGCCAAGAUCAGUCGCUCGAAACUGCACCAAAUGCUUCAGGAUGGCCCAUACCGAUCGAUUGUCUCCGAGCAUGAUACGCUCUCUCACCAACAUAAUUCCAACAAUGUCCUGUAUGGCUUACGCGAAGGUCCGAUCGAUUUCAAGCCGACGUACAAAUAUGAUCGAAAAAGUCCAGACCGCUUUGUUGACUUCAGCCAGCGCUUGCCAGGCUGGACAGAUCGGAUCUUUUUUACGUCUUGGAAUGAUCCAAUGCCAUCAGACCAAGACUCUAGAAGCACAAAGAUUAAUCCUAGUUCAACUCAAGUUAUUUCAUAUCAUUCAGUCCAACACGCUCUCGGAAGCGAUCACAAGCCAGUUAUUGCCGUUUUUGAUAUUCCAGAUUGGUUUCCAAAUCCAGAUGAAAGGCUUUUGAAGUUCAAAGCUCAUCAUCAAAGAAUUGAGCCAGAUCGAUGGUGGCGAGAAAAACUCUGGGUGGGAGCAGCCUUGGAUCUUAUCUUGGGUAUUGGCAUGUUCAUAGUACUGGUGAUAGGAUUUGGUAGUAUGAAAUUAGGCUUGGCAAACAUUGCAAUGGCAAUCAGUUGGAAAUUUAGGAAGAUGUUACGAUGA